GCCGAAGAAGUUGGCAAUGCUGAGCUCAAAGUUGUCGAUCGCGGAGUCUUACAACGAUGGCGUGGAGGAGGACAACGACGUGUCGAGUGACAGAGAUCCUUUCUCCCACCUCCUCAGGUGCCUCGUCCGUGAAAUUCAGCAGCAUCACGCUACAUGUUGCCCUCCAACAGUGGCUGAUUGUGCUGAUGCCAUGAACAGGUUCCCCGAAGAAUAUGCCCCCGUGCUGCACGAGCUCGAGGGAGUCCAAGAUGCCAGGAGAAGGCUAGAUCAAGAUCGGAUAGACAAGAACAUCGUCUAUCUUGACAGAUUGAACCAAGACCUUUCAGUGAAUAUUAAGGAAAGAAUAGAGUCUGACAUGUUAAUCGACAAGCUGUUAAGUACAAGGCUGGACAUAGUUCAACGACAACUAGUAUCUCAAGUCGAAGCUGGUUUCAAAUCUCUGCAAGAUGAGUUGGAUGAAGCGAAAGAAAGGCUUCGUAUCGCGUCUGAAAAACUAUUUCAAGCAGAGGUCGACGCUGAAAUCCAGCUCAAAGAACUACAGAAUCAAAUCAAUCAUGAGUGCGACAGAUGUCAAGAAGGUCUGCUCAUCGUGAGUCAGGAUCGGUUCAAAGAGGACAUCAACUUUCGCGAGACGAUCCCCGAUCAGCUCCUGUCCACAUGGAGGAUUCUGAACGACGAGAAGGACGUAAUGCAAGGCAUCCAGGAAGAAUCACGAUAUCGCCUGCUGCCUCUCGAGCAUAGCGACCUGAACGACGUGGAGAGUACUGUCGCGCAGCAGAAGAUACGAGAGGAAAUGGCUGAUCUGAUCAGGCAACUAGAGGAGGAAACCAACGAGAGAAUCAAGGAGGAGAAGGCUCAGGCCGCGAAGGCGCGCGCUCUCACAGAUGCCUUGAUGCAAGGACUGGAAAUUGUCAACAGGAACAUGUACGCAUCUCCUGUGUCAUCGCCGAGGGCAGAGGAGCCUCCGGCGGGGACAGAAUGAGAGCUGUAAGUUCUGCCCCUGCCCUCAGUGUCUCUCGAGCUGUCCCUAUCGGACCUUCACGUCAUCGAAUUGCGCAGCUCGGGGGAUGUAGAAGGAGCAAGAGAUAUUAUUGACUCAGCCUGAGUACAGCUUCCUAUCGUGUG